CCACGAGUCAAAUGGAGCUUUCUUUCAUCAAACAGAGAGACAGAAAUCUUGGUGGCCCGUGGUGAGUGGGUGAAGGUGAGUGAGUUGUAUAAAGGCAGGGCGUCACUGCUGAAUUAUACUGCCUCUUCAGCUGAUCUCACCCUCAGACUGGAUGGACUGAUACACAAUGAUACAGGCUUCUACCGCUGUAAAGUCCAGCAUGGCUUGGAGGAUGCUUAUGACCAGGCACAAGUCAAAGUAAAAGGCAGUGAUGAGGAUGUAUCUUCCGGAGAAAGAGAACUCCCAGGAAACGGAUCUUCCAUUAUUAAGCCUACAUACUCAAAUAUGGCCACCAUCACUCUCUCUAAUGUGACAGAUAUUCAAGAAAUUAUUGAAACAAAUAGUGAUGAUGAUAAUCACACACGCACGGUUGGACCCACAACAAGUCUGGAGGUUACGUUUCUUCCUCAUGGGACCCAAAGUCCCUUCUGGCAAACUGUGCCCUCUUCCACAAACCCAGGAGAUUUCAGAGCAGAUGUUGAACUCAGUGGGGAAGCGGCAGUUACCACAGAUCACAUCAAAAACUCCACCAAUGAGGAGACAGCACAAACCCAAAAACCAUCCACUACUACAGCCAAUAAUGAAGAUGAUGAUGAUGACGACAAAAAUGAUUACAAACUCAUGAUAAUGAUUAUGAAGAAAGAUGUCAAAACCACACCUGAGUCUACCAGUCUACCUGCCAGACCUACCCAGAGAGUGUUGGUCAGGACAGACUACAUUUCAGAUGCAUGUCUGGAGAACCCUUGUAAAAAUGGAGGCACAUGUGUGGACAGUAGAGAAGGUCAAAGGUGUCUCUGUCUACCUACUUAUGGAGGAGAUGUUUGUGAGACAGAUCUAGAGCACUGUGAACCAGGCUGGGAAAAGUUCCAAGGGUUUUGUUAUAGACAUUUCACCAAACGGCAGAAAUGGGAUGUGGCAGAGCAGCACUGUCGCAUGGGCGGAGGUCACCUGAUCUCUGUUAUGUCACCUGAGGAACAGAAGUUUAUCAAUGAUAAAUACAGGAAGUAUCAGUGGACGGGUCUCAAUGACAAGACCAUUGAGGGAGAUUUCCGUUGGUCAGAUGGGAACCCUCUGUUGUAUGAGAACUGGUAUCAUGGACAACCAGACAGCUACUUCCUGUCAGGGGAGGAUUGUGUUGUCAUGGUGUGGUACGAUGAUGGUCAUUGGAGUGAUAUCCCUUGCAACUACCAGUUGUCUUACACCUGCAAGAAAGGCAUUGCGUUCUGUGGCCAGCCCCCUCUCAUGCUGCACACUAAGAUAUUUGGACGUCGUCAAAUAAAGUACAGGGCCAAUUCACAGGUGCGCUACUACUGUGAGCCAGGCUUCAUCCAGAGACAAAACCCUAUCAUCACAUGUCAGAGCAACGGACAGUGGGAGGAGCCUAAGAUCACUUGUUCACCAGUGGGAGCAGCAUACUCAAAUAGAGAACUGGUAACAUGGCCCACAGGUCAGAACAAGGAGAUAAUAAUAAAAGAGACAACAACAAAAACAACAACAUCGGAAUAUUUGGAUAUAAAAUGGCACUUUUAAAACAAGAACAUGGCAUAGUUGCAUUUCAUUAUUUCUUUCACUCUUCUUUUUAUCAUGUCAUCCCUUUGUUUAUCCUCUACAAAGUUCUUUAUAUAACAGCAAUUCUAUAUAAAAAACGGUCCCACUUAACUUCUCUUAAAGGGAUAGUUUACCCAAAAUGUAUAAUUCUGUCAUCAUUUACUCACCCUCAUGUCAUUCCAAACCUGUAUGAAUUGCUUUCUUAUGUUGAACAUAAAAGAAGA